AGACGAGAGAAGCUAAGAACCGCCAGCAUGACCACACUGAGACCCUUCCGUUGUGAGGAUAUGUUCCACUUCAACAAUGUCAACCUGGACCCACUCACAGAGACUUAUGGCCUCUCCUUCUACCUGCAGUACCUUGCUCACUGGCCAGAAUAUUUCCAGGUGGCAGAGUCUUCUAGUGGCGUCAUCAUGGGAUACAUCAUGGGGAAGGCUGAGGGUCACGGAGACAACUGGCAUGGCCACGUAACAGCACUCACCGUGGCGCCGGAGUACAGACGUCUGGGCCUGGCAAAGCAGCUCAUGGCCAUUCUGGAGGACAUCUCAGAAAAGAAACGGUGUUACUUUGUUGACCUGUUUGUGCGUGUGAGUAACCUUGUUGCCAUCACCAUGUACAAGAAGCUUGGGUACAUAGUUUACCGCACUGUUCUGCAGUAUUACUCGGGCGACCCGGAUGAAGACGCCUAUGACAUGAGGAAAGCAUUGUCUCGGGAUGCCCAGCAGAAGUCUGUCAUCCCACUCACACACCCGGUACGUCCUGAGGAUAUAGAGUAGUAGCCUUAGGUAUGGUGUUGCUUUGAUGCUUUAAAUGGGACUGCAGCAAGGGUGUGCUGUGUCCUCCUCCAUUGCUUAAUGAUUAUGCAGGAAAUCCUUGAGUUACAACAGCAUUUUAUUUCUAUGCCACAUUGUAAACUGAAUUUCAGCAUUGGUCAGAACCAACCUAAAUAAGCACCCAUCUUAUGGUAUUCAUAUGUGCUAAUCCUUUACUUAUGUAAAGUCAUAAUUUAGGACAUAGAAACAUAAUUACACUUGUAAAAAGACACAGAACACCUACAGUAGAUAAAAAAAAAUUAUGUAAUAAAUUAAUAACAAACAAUCAGCUAAAGGAAAUGUACAGGGACCAGCAUUGUCAAUGUCAUGACCACAAAAUGUUGGAAAUCAAGACCAUUGUAAACAGAGGACUCCCUAUGAAGAUGUGGCUGCAUGGGAGAUAAAUGUGAGAAUGAUAGAUUGAGGUUGUGAUAUUCCCUUGCUUAUGUAGCAUUUAAAUAUAUGGUUUGGUUUGGGAAA